CCCAAUUUCAGGCAAAAGAACUGUUUAAGUAUUCCAUAGCUGACUCCUCAUCAGAUAACAACACAUCACCUUCCAAAGAAUGUGAAAUGUCAGACGAUGACCAUGCAUCUGAUAUUGACUACAUACCAAAUUCAGAAUCUGCAGAAGCUGAUGAAGACUCAGAUGUUAGCAUCCCUCUUCAGCCCAUCAAGUCUAAAGUUGGACAAAUUCAAGGAAACCCAACAAUACCCGAUCUCACUUCAUUCUUGCCAGACUCAAGUUCUGUGGUUGAACCUUGCACAUCAAAUUACUGGCCUCCUUUUCACACAGAUGAUAUGGGUGAUGGCACAUUCGAAACAUUCAGCCCAGCCAAGUCUACCAAAGACUCAAACAAUAAACCAAAAAGUCAAAAGGAGCUUCACAAACAGGAAUCCCCACAGCAUAUUUUGAGUGCUAAGAACUACUGCUUUGUAUGUGGUAGGCCACAGAGCAAAAUUUCACGCCAUUUAAAAACCCACAAGACACAUGCUGAAAUUGCUUAUGCCUUUUCCCUUCCGGAAGACUCAAAAGAGCGCAAUGUUCUUCUAGAAAAAAUGAGAAACAAGGGGAACUUCAAACAUAACUGUGAGGUUUUACAAAGUGGGAAAGGAUCGUUGAAAGUUAAGAGAAAGCCAAAAGCAAAGACUGGAACAUUUGUACAUUGUAUGUACUGCCAAGGUAUGUACAUUCGAAAGGAACUAUGGAGACAUGUCCAAAGAUGCCCCUGUAAGCCACAAAAUGAAGAUUUGAACCAAGGACAUGGAAGAACCAAAGUACUGGGUUUUGCUAUGGCUCAAGAGUCAGCAUUCUGUCAAGAGAUUUCAAGUGGGGUUUGGAAGCUCCUCGGUCCCAUGAAGCAGGAUGAUGUAGCCACAGUUGUGAGAAAUGACCUGACCAUUAUUCAGUUUGCCCAGUCUCUCUACAACAGACAUGGACAAGACCCUACUAAGUAUGAGUACAUCCGACAGAAGCUCCGUGAAAUUGGACGUCUGUUAAUAUGUCUACGGUCUGAAUUCUCUAUACAUAACUUGGAGGAAGCUGUGAAACCUGCUAACUUCCAAAGAGUUGUCCAGGCAGUAAAGAUUGUCUGCGGUUUUGAUGAAGAAAAGCAUUCAUACCAAACACCAAGUCUUGCACUAAAACUGGGACAUACACUACAGAAAAUCAGUGACAUUAUCCAUUGCCGAGCGCUCAUGGCAGAAGAUGAAGAAUUGAUUAAGUCAACAGACACUUUCAAAAAGCUGUAUACAUCCAAGUGGUCUGAGUUAGUGUCACAUACUGCCUUGAACACUCUGAGUCAUGCCAAAUAUAAUAAGCCAUUAACCUUACCAUUCACAGAAGAUGUUCAGAGUCUUCAUAGGUACCUUAAGAAAUCUGGAGAAAAUGCAUUUUCUAACUUGAAAGAAGAGGUCAGCCCCCAGAAUUAUGCAGAACUUGCAAAAGUUACUCUUGCACAGGUCAUUGUGUUCAAUCGAAGACGAGCUGGAGAAGUCUCAAAGAUGCGUCUCAGAGGUUUCCAGCAGAGAGAUGACUCCAAGCUCCAUGAAGAUGUUGCUGCUGGAUUGUCCAAGGUUGAAAAAAGGCUCUGUAGCUACUUCAGUCGUGUUGAAAUAAUUGGAAAAAGAGGUCGAAAAGUUGCGGUUCUCCUUUCUCCAGAUGUGGUGGAUGCUCUGACUCUGCUGGUCAGCAAAAGAGAGCAAUGUGGUGUUUGCUCCACAAACAUCUUUCUUUUUGCCCGACCAAGAUCUCAAAGUCACUACAGGGGCCAAGACUGUUUGCGUGUUUAUGGAAGCCAAUGUGGGGCGAAGCAUCCCGAGUUCCUCAGGUCCACGCAACUCAGGAAGCAUGUUGCCACAUUGUCACAAGUCCUCAAUCUCAAAAAUAAUGAAAUUGACCAGGUGGCUGACUUCCUGGGACAUGAUAUUCGUGUCCACAGGGAAUUUUAUCGCUUACCUGUGCCAACAACACAACUGGCAAAGAUUUCUAAGCUUCUUUUGUCCAUGGAGAAAGGACACGUAUCCACCCUGCAAGGAAAAUCCCUUGAUGACAUCGAAAUCGAAGAUGAAAUAGAACUAAGUGAGGAUGAAGAAAAGGAAGAUUUAAGUGACUUGGAUGACUGCGAUUCUGUGGAACCCGUGGAACCCGUGGAAACCGUGGAAUCUGUGGAACCUGAGGAACCUGUGGAACCUGUGGAACCUGAGCAAAGCAAGAAUAUGGAUGAUUUGUUGGGAGCAGUGUCAUCGACAGCAGAGGAAACUGUCCCUCCUGUUGAAGAGACCUCCUCUGCUGCACCAAGAAGACAACCAAAAAAACCAUGGUCAAGUGCUGAGGUUUCUGCUGUUAUGAGGCAUUUUAAAGCUCACAUAGGUAAAGGAAAACUUGCCACUAAAAAUGAGUGCAAACACUGCAAGUUGGUGGAAGGUCCUGUGCUGGCUCAAAGAACAGCACAAAAUAUCAGGGACUUUGUGAGAAACCGUGGAAUAACUGCUAUGAGGCAGGCACAAAAGAAAAGGCUCUAGAUUUUAUGUGAAGUAAUCAUUUGUUCAAAAGUGUUCCAUUUUGUUCAUGCUACUAAAACAUUUUUUUUUUUGUUGCCUAUCAAACAAUAUUAUCUGUAAAGUCCCGUGACUUAGAGGCUGUUUAAAUGUAUUUGUGUUGAUAGGCAGAAAAGCGUUUUCCUAAUGGUGAGGCAUUUUUCUGUUGUCCAGCAUAAAAAUUAUUCGAAAAGGUGGCAGAAUUUUAAUUUAACAUUCUUUUACUUAUUUAUUUAUAUUCAGAAUAUUUGGCAACAGUCUGCACCCUAAAGCCCUUAUUUUACUUUUGUGUACGUUUUGUUGAGGCACUUAAAUUAGAUUGUUUUUCUUUUGGUAAUUUCAAUUUGAGGCUUACUUUUAUUUUUUAAAGAAAAAUAAUUGAAUUAUUUGGUCAUAUUUACCUAAUAAAAUAUGUUCUGUUAAUGCUUUGUGCUGUCAGGUUGUGUAUUUAUGCUAAUCAGCAGGUUUUUAAAUAUGACGUAGUUGUCCCUUUAAAGUUCUCACAAUACUUUGUUUUGUUCUCAUAAACCACAUUUGCUGAUGUCCAUAUAAGCCACCAUGUUGUCAGGCUGCUGAAAGAAAGGCUGUGUAGCUGCUAUCUGAAACCUAAAGUGAGCUAAAUUUUUUUCAGAUUUUUUGCAGUGUUUUAAGCCACCUCCCAUUGCUCUAGCUACUUGGGAAAGGGUAGUCCAGCUAAACCACCGUCGGGCCUGUUUGGCGAAAAAGGCAGGCUAUACCUUAUAUACCUGUAGGUGUGUGUGUGUGUGUGUGUGGGUGUG